AUGUCGCCGUCUCGUACUAACGACGCCAUGUCAAACGACACCCGGUCCGAGAUGUCGCAAGUUAGAUAUGACAACACAGAGUUUGAUAGCGAAGGCAACGCCUUAGUGACAUUUCCCGAUGACUUCAUGGCCGACCUCAAUGCCGGGAUGGAUGCGAAGAAGUGGAAGACAUGGUUGAAGAAGCUGCAGCCAGAUCAAUUGGCAGGGGUCUACUACCUCAUGAUCAAAGUCGACGCCGAGGCGGACGCGAAGUUUUGGGUGGACAUGUCUGAGAAGAUCUAUCUUGCGGAAUCCGGCGACGGCAAAGAGGCAAUUCCUAUUCCUGCUGCUUCGCUCAAGGAACAGUGUAUCGAGAAGUACGGAAAGGAGCCGGAGACGGAGGCCUCGAAGAUCCUCAAGAAGGCUGGAAUCAAGACUCGACGUGUCGUACCACAAGACAAUGAGAAUAUGAAGAAGGUCUUUUGGGAGAAGUGGUUUGGAAAGAAGCUCGAAGAGAUCUCGUCAAAGGAGGCUCAGGAUGCUUGA